AUGGAUGAGAAUAUUCUCUUCUCGCAGGGAGCUCAGUCUAAAGAGGGUAGCAGCAGUAAAUGGGCAUUGUCAAACAGAACUGUCUUAAAACAUUUAUUUCCAAUUCAAAAUGGAGUUUUAUAUUGUGUUCGUCAUAAAUCUACAUAUUCUUCUCUUCCAGAUGACUCUAAUUGCAAAGUGGAGCUUGCUUUGACAUCUGAUGGCAGAACAAUAGUAUGCUACCACCCUUCUGUGGACAUUCCGUAUGAACACACAAAACCCAUUCUUCCGCCACAUCCCGUGCAUCCUAGUGAAGAAACACAUGAUCAAGUGCUGAAAACCAGAUUAGAUGUAAAAGAUAAACCCAUCGCGCAAGGACCCAUGAUAGAACUUAGCAAAAUGUUCUUUACUACCAAGCACCGUUGGUAUCCUCAUGGAGAGUAUCACAGACGUUGUAGGAAACUGAAUCCUCCAAAAGACAGAUGA